AUGAACAUCAACAAGAAGUUCGACCGACUGAAGCAAUGGACGGGGGAGAAGAUGGGCCAGGAAUCCAAGACCAACGUGUCUGAGGAGUUCAAGGCACUGGAGAUGGAGAUGUCACUCCGCCAUGAGGGGAUGGACAAACUACAAAAGUCCAUGACCGCCUACGUCAAGUCCCUCUCGAGACGCACCGACGUGGAGGAUAAGGAGAAGUCUUUGCCAGUGUCCUACCUGGCCCAAACGAUGAUACACCAUGGCGAGGAUUUCGAGCCAGAUUCCGACUUUGGCAACUGCCUGAUCAGCAUGGGCCGGACAAAUGAGAGAAUUGCCCGGAUCCAGGAGGCCUACGUCGUAAAUGUCACUGGAGGCUGGUUGGAGUCGGUCGAGAGAACGUUGAUCAUGAUGAAGGAAUACCAGGUUGCCCGGAAGAAGCUCGAACAACGUCGACUCGCAUACGACGCGUCCAUCUCCAAGAUGCAAAAGGCCAAGAAAGACGACUUCAGAGUCGAGGAGGAAGUUCGCGCACAGAAGGUCAAGUACGAGGAGUCCAAUGAAGAUGUUUUCAGACGCAUGCAGGAUAUCAAGGAGUCUGAGGCCGAGAGUGUUACUGAUCUCGGAGCAUUCGUGGAAUCACAACUCGACUACUAUGAUAAGUGCCGUGAGGAGCUGCUCCGCCUGAAGAGAGACUGGCCCGCUGGACGUAACAACCCGCGAUCCCGCUCCAACACGCUGAAUACGGCCCAUGCAUAUAGCGAGAGAUACCAAGAGGACGUACCCCCAGUGCCAGAGAUCAGACCGUCCAUCAAAUCUCAAGGACGCGUUGCGUCUUCGGCUCGUCUCGAGCCCCGUAGCGAUCACCGCGACGACUACCCCCAAUCCGAAUCUCCUUCGGUGCAAAGCUUUGGUCGAUCCCCCACAUUUCAAGGUCCUAACAGCAUAGCCCGCGAAAGGUCCCCCCAUUCAGCCUACCGCCAGCAAACAGUUCCUCAAGACCCGGCUUCCCUCCGCGCAAACCUCCGGACAACCAGCCGAGCCAACACGCGUGGCCAAGAUGUCUUUGGUGACCCUUCCGAUGACUCCACCUUGAACAGUGCCAGCCCAGACCGGUCCUACAGUGCUAGAUCUGUCAGCCCGGCGACUUCCAACGGAAGCUUGGGGGGAAGCAGGAAUGCCAGUUACUCGACCGUCCACAGCGCUCCGAACCGAAACAAAGGACCGCCUCCACCACCUCCUAGCAGAGCAAAGAAGCCUCCGCCACCACCGCCCAUCAAGCGAGCUGAGACCAGUCUGCAUGGUCGAUACUGA